UUUGUUUUAAUCGCAGCAGCUGAAGGCCGUAAACACUCGACAUCAUCAUGCCGCCGCCGCUCGUCUUUUUCUCGCUUUUACUCUCGACCUGCGCGUUCUUCACUCAUGCAACAGGCUUUUGGAUUUGCUAAAUAAACUAUUUGUGCUUAUAAGUAGUGCGUGUAUAUACUUUAGCGAUGGUUAUCCAUCAUUGCGGCGAGUAGCGCGUCUGAGACGCAUAAAAAGAGAGAGAGAGAGCGCGCGUGAGAGAGAGAGAUUAUGGAGUAAACGCGCAACCGUGACAAUAACCAGAAUAUUAAUAAGCAUGGCGUUAUCUGUGAUUCAGGCGUGUCGUAGUUUAGCCCUGUCCACCUGGCUGCUGUCUUUCUGUUUCGUGCAUCUGUUGUGUUUGGACUUCACGGUGGCGGAGAAGGAGGAAUGGUACACGGCGUUCGUCAACAUCACGUACGUGGAUCCGGACACGGCCGAGUUCCGGACGGAGAAAACUGAGUGCGGCCGUUACGGAGAGAAUGCGCUCAAGACCGAGGCCAGGGGCGUUCUGGCGAUGCCCGCCGCGCAGCAGGACAGACACGCGUGCGACCCCAACACCAGGUUUGCGCCCCGCGUAAACGGCUCGUGGAUCGCGCUCAUCAGCAAGGGAAACUGCACGUUUAAAGAUAAAAUCAGACACGCGGUGGGACACAACGCGUCAGCUGUGGUCAUAUUCAACGUGGGAUCAUCCAACCCCAACGAGACCAUAACGAUGCCAGAUCGAGACAUUGGUGAUGUGGUGGCCAUCAUGAUUCCAGAGCUGAAGGGUCGUGAGCUGGUUCUGCUCCUGGAGCGAAACAUCACCGUUCACAUGCACAUCACCAUGGGAACGAGGAACCUACAGAAAUACGUCAGUCGGACAUCUGUGGUCUUCGUCUCUAUCUCCUUCAUCAUCCUCAUGAUCAUUUCUCUGGCCUGGCUCGUCUUCUACUACAUCCAGCGUUUCAGAUAUGCCAACGCUAGAGAUAGAAACCAGAGGAGACUCGGGGACGCCGCCAAAAAAGCCAUCAGCCAGUUACAAGUGCGCACCAUCAGGAAAGGCGACCAGGAAACUGAAAGUGAUUUUGAUAACUGUGCCGUGUGUAUCGAGGGCUAUAAGCCCAAUGAUGUCGUGAGAAUCUUACCAUGCAGGCAUCUCUUUCAUAAAGGCUGUGUUGACCCUUGGUUGGUGGAUCAUCGCACAUGUCCCAUGUGUAAAAUGAACAUUCUCAAAGCUCUCGGCCUUACGUCCAGUGCGGAGUGUCUGAAUGAGUUUCCUCUGGAUUAUGAACUUGCUGUGGGAGGUGUAGCACUCAAUGCCAUGGUGAUGAGUGAUGAUGUCAUGCCCGGGGAUAUCGCUGGAGGAAGGGACCCUGGUGUCAGGAUGGUUGGUCUCCCUCAGGUCCUCCUGGAUUCAGAACCUCUUUCACAGGACACCUUGCCAAUUGAGCAAAGUGAACUACAGCCAAUAGCCAGUGGCAGUUCAGAGGGGUCACUCGCUACAGGGGCGGGGCAUUCUGAAAUUGACACACCCACUGAUGACCCAAAGUGUUGAUCUAGCCACACCCACUUAGCUAUGGAUUAGUAUUGUGGGUUGCCAGUUCCCACCGGAACAGUUGACCGCAGCGACGGGCUUGGACGGGUUGACUGCUUUAAUCUCGGUGGAGUUUUGUCUAGUGACAAUAUAACACACACUGCCUGUCGAAUACAUCCCUUAGAUGACAUCUCCUGAUCUUCAGAUGACAUCUCCUCUCUGUUUUUCUUCUCUUUCUCUCUGUUUAAAGAGCAGGGUAAACUUUGCUUCCUGUCUUAAGAGCCCCAAUGUGUGCGACACAGAGCACACUACAGUGUACACUUGAGCUAAAGCACUUGUUCAGUAUUGGCAGACGAUCCAUACUGAUCUGCUCGACAAUCACAUAGUCGUUUUCCUCUCUUCCCUACCGUCGCAAUGUUCGCUGCCUGUAUUACUGUCGUCUCUGAUGCCAGUCCAGAGAGAAGAAGAGUGAAGACUAUUUUGAAUCAGAAGAAGAGGUGGUUUAUUUUUCUAUAGAGAUGCAUCUGAUAUGCUUGAGUUGUGCAGUAUUAAAAUCCGCCAGUAUUUGGAGCCACACGUCUGAGUGUUUGGAUUUGACCUCUUACCAAAGACUGCAGGCCAGAGUGUUUGAUGGACGUUGUUUAUUCUUAGUGUUUGGGAACGAAACUGUGCAAGUGCUCUUGGGAUUCUGUGGACCCGGGUCAUGUGAUGUUUGCCAUGCAUGCCACAUGUCCUGUCCACCUGUGUUUAGAUUCUAGUGGAUUCCAUUUAAAGGAAUAGUUCACCCAAAAAUCUAAAUUCAGUCUGUGAAUGUGCUCGCCCUCAUGUACAUCCAAUUUUAUGUGCUACAAUGCAUAAAUGAUUUUCAAGAAAACAAUUCUUAGUAAUUUUGUCUUGUUUUCAGUACAAAUAUCUUAAAAUUCUUAAAUUAAGAACCUUUUUCUUGAUGAGCAAAACGACCCAAGAAAAUAAGUCUAGUUUUUAGACCAAAUAUAUCAAAUGUAAGUGAUUAUGUGCAUAAAACAAGCAAAAGAAAUCUGCCAAUGGGGUAAGCACAUUUUUCUUGAAUUUAGUGUUUAAGAUUUUUUUCUUACCCCAUUGGCAGAUUUUUUUUGCUUGUUUUAUGCAUAAAAUCACUUUAUCACCCUAACCCUAUUUACUAAAAAUGAGACAAAAAUACUAAGAAUUUUUUCUUGAAAAUCAUUUUUUGCAGUGCAUUGUCUUUGCUAUUUUGUCCAGGUGGCAUUUAUAAUGCAAAAAAAAUUACUUGGUAUUAUUGUCUUGUUUUCAGUACAAAUAUCAAAAUAUUUUUAAACCAAGAUGCAUUUUCUUGAUGAGCAAAAUGACCUUAAACAAAUAAGUCUAGUUUUUAGACAAAAGCAUAACAUUUGAAGUGAAUUUGUGCUUAAAACAGGAAAAAAAAUUCUUUAAGCGUUUAAGAAAAUAUUUUUUUCUUACCCCAUUGGCAGAUGUUUUUGCUUGUUUUAAGCACAAAUUCACUUAAUUGUUUUUUUAGGUAAUUUUGUUCAUUAAGAAAAUGCAUCUUGAUUUAGGAAUUUUAGUUAUUUGUACUGAAAACAAGACAAAAAUAAUACAUUUUUUGCAGUGUAUGUCAAGCACCUAUAGGACAAAAGUAUAAAUGUAUCAUAAAAAAAUCUAUGUCUGUUUCUGACUUGUAAAAUCUAUAGUCUGUAGUUAAAUGGAUCGGCUGCAUUAAAAAAAAUCAAAAACUGAAUGUACUUGACUGAAUAAAAUCUUAUGGAUUUUAGAUGACAUGAGGGUAAAAAAAUCAUGAGUUUUCAUUUGUGGGUGAACUAUUCCUUAAAAUCUGUAACUUGUUAUUCCUUGUUGGGUUUAACUCUGUAUUGUAAAUAUGAGAAUAAUUUUGAUUGCCAAGUUUUUCCAUCAUGCACUUUAUGUAUUUACAGGUUGAAUUUUGAUUUAAUUAUUGAGAUUCUGAUUUCAGUCACAAGUUUGUAUACACACAUGCGCACACACACACGCGAUUUGUUCUUACACACUUAAUAUUUGCACGUGUUUCUGUCAGACUGUGCUUUGAAUAUUAAUAAAUUUUAAUGUGUGUC